ACAGAACCGCCGUCUCCCAGAGCCAUUUAGGCUCCCGCUCAUCGUGUGGGAUAUGCUCGGGCGGAGCAGCGGUGAUGGGCUCGACAAACAGGCUGUCCACAGGAACCCCGCCCUGCUCGUCCCGGCGCUGUCCCGGUGUGCCCCGGGGGCUGAGACGGCCGGGAGCCAUAGACCGGAAGCGCGGCCGCCGCCAUCUUAGCUGCGGGCAGACGCCAUGCUGCCACCAUCACAGGAACGGGCAGGAUUUUCGCUACCGGGAACACGGCGCUGGCAGACCUGCCGCGCCCCGGAGCCUCCGGGGACCACGGCUGUGGUGUGGGGGACGAUCGGUCCGUGUUUCGCCCUGGAGCAGCAGCGAUGGGCUCGUGACCAUGUUCUUAAGCACUUUGACUCCAAAAUUCUACUUUGCCCUUACAGUAACUUCAUCUUUUAUAUCUGGACUGAUAUUUGUGUUUGAGUGGUGGCACUUCCGAAAAUAUGGCACGUCUUUCAUCGAGCAGGUUUCUGUGAGCCAUUUGAGGCCCCUCAUUGGGGGUGCAGAGAGCAGCCCCCCAGCCCCAGCAGCUUUCUCGGCAGGGGAGAAUGAGACCAGCAGGCAGAACAUGCCAGAGUGCAAAGUGUGGCGAAAUCCUCUCAAUCUUUUCAGAGGGGCAGAGUAUAGCAGGUACAUGUGGGUGACUGGGAAGGAGCCUCUUACUUAUUAUGACAUGAAUUUGUCUGCUCAAGAUCAUCAGACCUUUUUCACAUGUGACACGGAUGCCCUUCGGCCUUCAGACACAGUUAUGCAGAAAGCAUGGCGAGAGAGGAACCCGCAGGCCCGGAUUAAAGCAGCAUAUCAAGCUCUAGAGUUGAACAAUGAUUGUGCUACUGCAUAUGUCCUCCUGGCUGAGGAAGAAGCAACAACUAUUGUGGAUGCUGAGAAAUAUUUCAAGCAGGCUCUGAAAGCAGGAGAAAUGAUUUACAGAAAAUCUCAGAACUGCCAUUCCCAGAGCCCCCAGCAUGAAGCACAGCUGAGAAGAGACACCAAUGUAUUGGUGUAUGUGAAAAGGAGACUAGCUAUGUGUGCCAGGAAACUUGGAAGAAUACGAGAAGCAGUAAAAAUGAUGAGAGAUUUGAUGAAAGAGUUUCCACUUCUCAGUAUGCUGAAUAUCCAUGAAAACCUCUUAGAGGCCCUUCUGGAGUUACAGGCUUAUGCAGAUGUCCAGGCAGUUUUAGCCAAGUAUGAUGAUAUCAGUCUUCCCAAAUCAGCAGCAAUAUGUUACACAGCAGCGCUGCUAAAAGCCAGAGCUGUUUCAGAAAGGUUCUCCCCAGAAACUGCCUCCAAGAGAGGACUUAGUACAGCAGAAAUUAAUGCUGUGGAAGCAAUUCACAGAGCUGUGGAAUUUAACCCUCAUGUUCCAAAGUAUUUACUAGAAAUGAAAAGCCUAGUGCUGCCUCCAGAGCACAUUCUGAAGCGAGGGGACAGUGAGGCAGUAGCAUAUGCUUUUUUCCACCUACAGCACUGGAAGAGGAUAGAAGGGGCUCUAAAUCUACUGCACUGCACAUGGGAAGGCACAUUUAGGAUGAUCCCAUACCCAUUAGAGAAAGGACAUCUUUUCUAUCCCUACCCGAGCUGCACAGAAACAGCAGAUAGAGAAUUGUUGCCAACAUUUCAUGAAGUCUCCGUUUACCCCCAGAAGGAACUUCCCUUUUUCAUCCAUUUCACAGCAGGCCUGUGUUCCUUUUCAGCCAUGCUGGCCCUCCUUACCCACCAGUUCCCUGAGCUGAUGGUCAUUUUUGCAAAAGCUAGAGCAGCAUUUCAGCACCAGAGAAAUUUUUCCACAGAGCACUGUGGUGAGUAUGGAUUUUAUCCUUGUGGAAGUGCACGACUGCAGUGGGGAUGAAUUUGCUGAGUGGAGACUUUAAGCAAAGUGAGUAAAAGGCAGGCUCAACUGCAGGCAAACAGGUCUCUGCGAGCAUUGAAAACCUACAGCAUGAUGUAAAUGGAAUGGAUGAGAGCAGGUAAAGUAACUGGUGACUUCAAACCAGAUUCAGAACUGAGUUUAGCUGCCACUUAACCUUUCAGGAGCUCAGCCAGUGGUUGUAUAUCUCAUCUGGUUUCAUUUACUAGAUGGAGAAUGUGUUCAGUGACCACAGUUCUGUCAUUUGAGUACCUUUUCAAGGAUAGAAGUUGGAUUCAUUGGUAAUAAUGCAUGAUGCUUUAAAUGUAUCUUAAAUAUGACUGUUCCUGUGGGUGCCUUCUGUGCCUGUCUCUUUUCUCCCUCUCUGCCCUGCUCUUUUUAGGGUUUCUUUCCCUUACUUAUUUGUUAGCAUCUGCUGUCUGUAACCUUGUCAUCUUUCCCUGGAUUCUGGGAGCUGAGAAACAAAGUGCAUAGACAGCUUCUUGCUCCAGCUUCUCAAACUACUCCAAGCAGUGCUGCGGGUGCUGUGGCCAGUGAGUGCUCCCAGCGUUCUGGCCUCCAGCUGAACGGACUGCGCCAGGGUGCUUUGGGACUCUUCUUUCACCCUUCAUCUUCACUAUGGAACACAUUGAGGACCUGCUGCUCUCCAGCCCCUGGCAUCAGCUGACUUGUGUGACUGGCUAGUGUAUUUUCCAUGACAGCUUCAUUUUAUUCUUAUGAGCCUCACUUGGUGGUUGGCUGACCCUCAGUGGUGGGAGCCAAGGAAGAAAUCUGGGCUCUUCAAACUGAUAUCCUUGACCGGCUUCCAUGCUGUUGGUGCUUAACAUGUGAAUUUCUUCUUUGGCCUUAAUCUGUAAUCAUCUAAGAAAAUAGGUCUUGCUGAGCAAUAGUUUAUUGCUCUCUAAAUCACUUGGACAACUGGAAGCUCAUACUUCCUCUGUAAGAAAGGAGAAUACGCAAACUGACCAGGUGUUUGGAGUACUGAUGCUUCCUUCUCAGCUGCAGAUGCACCAGAUACUUGGCUUAGAUUUAAUUUCAUAAGCCUUUUUCAAAAUAUUUGUUAACAGCAAAGUAUGGUUCUGCUUUCUUUAUUAAAAGGUUGUUACUUAA